UGAGCAAACCACUCCACCUCACGAGAAGAAAUGCUGCUCGACAGAGCUUGUUUCAUAACCACAAGCUUGGUGGCCUUCCUCAGCUUCGCGAAGCUUGCAAGCGGUGCACUACUUCCUCCACCGAUCGAACGCUCUGCAGAGUCGCAAUGCUUCGUUUCGGAUGCUUGGCCGACAGGCCCCGGAAGUACGUUGGUUCCGCAAGCACCUUCGACCGAAUUGGAAGAAAUCCUCUCGCAAAUCGACCCGAAACGGGUCGAGGCUAUCAUCAACAAACUCGUAUCGUUCGGCACUCGUCACACCCUCUCCACUCAAACUGACCCCAAACGCGGGAUCGGUGCUGCUCGUGACUGGAUUGCAUCAGAGAUGCGUACAUACGCGGCUGCGGCGCGUAGAGGAACAAACGUCACUGUCACAGUUCCGAGCUACAUCCAGGUCCCUGCCAGUCGUAUUCCCGUGAACACGAACAUCAGCAACGUGAUCACUACAAUCCAGGGCACGGAGAAUUCGAACAGAGUGUACAUCAUCACCGGGCACUAUGACUCGCGAGUAACGGACAUCAUGAACUUCACAGACGACGCACCUGGUGCGGAUGAUGACGGUUCCGGCGUGGCGGUGGUCAUGGAACUCAUUCGCAUUCUCUCUACACGUCCUCCUCCGAAGGCAACCAUAAUGCUCGGCGCAGUCGCUGGAGAAGAACAAGGCCUGUACGGCGCUGCGUUCUUUGCACAAACGAUGUUAGAAGCAGGCGCGGACGUGCAGGGCAUGUUCACCAAUGACAUUGUAGGAAGUUCGAAGGCGGACGAUGGGUUUAUGGAUGCGAAUAGUAUUCGCCUGUUUGCACAAGGAAUCCCGUCAACAGAAGAUUUGACUCAGAUUGCGCUUCGGACUCAGGUUGGAGGGGAAAACGACUCGCCGGCUCGUCAACUUGCACGGUUUACCCAGGAGGUGGCUACGAACUCUGUAACUGAUAUGAAAGUCCGAGUCGUGUAUCGACUCGAUCGUUUCCUCCGCGGUGGUGAUCAUGAACCCUUCCUCGAUCGAGGAUUCGCAGCAGCGCGUUUCACCGAGCCUAACGAAGAUUUCGCACACCAGCAUCAGGACGUUCGCGUUGACAGUACCGGGAAGCAAUUCGGUGACCUUCCAGAGUUUUGCGACUUCGACUUUAUCACCCGCGUUGGCAAAGUCAAUGGUGCUGCCAUCUGGUCGCUCGCUCAAGCACCCGGGACACCGAAGAAUGUGACCAUGGACACGAGCCAGUUGUCCAACGACAGUCGAUUCUUCUGGAAUUUGGACACAAGUGGAGAGGUAGCUGGAUAUGAGGUCGUAUGGAGGGAGACAGAUGCGCCGUUCUGGACGGGCGUCAUUCCAGUUGGCCUUGUUGACACCGUGACUGUGAACCUGUCAAAGGACAAUGUCGUGUUUGGAAUCAGGGCUGUGGGUAAGAACGGGUACAGAAGUCCGGCAACGUUCCCCUUCCCUAGAUAAGAGAGUAACUUACAAACGGUAUCGGGACAGGGCAUAUAGUGAAUCUUAAGACUGAGUUCAGAUUGACUUACCGUCGCUUGACGGUGCCUGAGAAGUAUGAAGUAGCAAGAGAAAGUCCGAAGAAACCUUGCAUAUC